CAUACCAAGAAAAAAUAAAGAGAGAAAAAAAAAACAUAAAAGAGGAAGAAAAAAAUGGGUAGCAUGGCUGAGAAAUGGGAGGAACUUAGUGGGAAAAACAAAUGGGAGGGGCUAUUAAACCCAUUGGAUGUUGAUCUUCGUAGAUACAUCAUUCAAUAUGGAGAAUUAGCUCAUGUAACUUAUGACACUUUCAUUUCAGAAAAAGCAUCGAAAUAUGCUGGAGCUAGUAGAUACUCGAUGGAAAAUCUUUUCUCUAAGGCUGGCCUUGACCCAACGAAGUAUCGCGUAACUAAAUAUUUCUAUGCUACCUCAUCUAUUCCACUUCCUGAUGCUUUCAUUACGAAAUCAUUGUCAAGGGAAGCAUGGAGUAAGGAAUCAAAUUUUAUGGGAUAUAUUGCUGUGGCUACUGAUGAGGGUAAAGCUUCACUAGGAAGGAGGGAUAUUUUGAUUGCUUGGAGAGGAACAAUUCAGACACUGGAGUGGGUUAACGACCUUCAAUUUUUACUAAUUCCAGGACCAAAAGUGUUUGGUGAUGGGGGUUUACUUCCUUUGUUCAAACCAUUGGUGCAUCAUGGAUUCUACAACGUUUAUACAUCAGAAAGUGCACGAUCAAAGUAUAAUCAAGCGAGUGCUAGAGACCAGGUAAUUGAAGAAGUGAAAAGAUUGGUUGAGGAAUACAAGGACGAUGAGGUCAGUAUAACAGUGGCUGGACAUAGCCUAGGUGCAUCACUUGCAACUCUAAAUGCAGUCGACAUAGCUUACAACGGAAUCAACAAAACAAGCAGUGGCAAGGAAUUUCCAGUGACAGCUUUUGUAUUUGCAAGUCCUAAAGUUGGAGAUCUCAAUUUUGUUAACGCAGUUAACAAAUUGGAACACCUUCACAUCAUGAGAAUUCAUAAUUUAUUAGAUAUUGUAUCAAAAUACCCACCCAUUGGGUAUUUCGAUGUUGGACAGGAAAUAAUAAUUGACACCACAAAAUCCCCCUAUUUGAAAUUGAAUCCCGGGGACCCACACACUAGGCAUAAUUUGGAAGGUUACUUGCAUGGAAUUGAUGGUACUCAAGGAAUUGGACCUUUAGAUGGUUUUAAACUAGAGGUGAAUCGCGAUCUCUCACUUGUGAACAGGAUAUGGGACAUUCUAAAAGAUGAAUAUUUGGUACCUGGAGCUUGGUGGGUCGAGAAGCACAAUGGGAUGGUUCAACAAGAAGAUGGAAAAUGGAUUCUCAUGGAUCGCGAGGAUUAUGAGUUGUGAGAGAUUUAUGGUUUAAUUUUACGUCUCGUUUUUAAUUUAUUUCUCUUCAUGUAGUGUUUUAAUAAAGGCGUUUCCUUUGAGCUUGAGAAAGAGAACCAUAUAUAUAUUAUGGUUACUCUAAUUAAUAACUGAAUAUUAUAAGGAAAAUGAGUGUGUUGCAAUAACGUCUGUACGCUUAAAGCUGCAAGGAGCCACGGCGGGGCGAUAAAGCUUAUUGUCAAUCUAUUUGCUA